CGCCUCUCGUGACGAGCUCAGCCAAUCACGUGACGAGCUUCUACAACCCUCGCGGGGUCGCCUCGCAACAACGAUUUCCUUGUGUUGUGUUUUCACGAAGAAAACGGCUAUUGUUAUUUGGAGAAAACCCGGACAAAAUUAUCUGCAGGUCUUCAGUCUACCCUUUUAUAAUUUACUUUAGAGUUUAUAUGUGCCUGUUUACCAAUUGUUUUAUUGAGUACCAGUUCGUGACAGGCGAACUAAAGGAGCGGGCAUGCUAGUCAGUUAGCUAGUGUGUCGAGACUGAUCUGAACGUCACAUAAUACGACUGUAAGAGACACAGCUGAUCCCACUCAGAAGAAAAGAAAUGCCGCUCAAACACGUCAUGUUGAUUUGAACACUUUAUUCGUCUCGGAGCCGUUGCUGUUUUUUCUCGGCUAAGGUUAGCUCACUUAACCAGCCGUGUUGCUGUGGUUGUACAUCUGAUCGGUCUGUGCUGGAGAAAUGGGUUCAAUUAUUAGUCGAAGAAUCGCUGGUGUUGAGGACAUCGACAUCCAGGCCAAUUCUGCAUACAGAUAUCCUCCAAAAUCAGGAAACUAUUUUGCCAGCCAUUUCUUCAUGGGAGGAGAGAAGUUUGACACUCCUCAUCCAGAGGGUUACCUUUUUGGAGAGAACAUGGAUCUCAACUUUCUUGGUAACCGCCCAGUGCAGUUUCCAUAUGUUACUCCAGCACCCCAUGAGCCAGUCAGGACAUUGAGAAGUCUUGUCAACAUCAGAAAAGACUCAUUACGAUUGGUCAGGUAUAAAGAUGACACUGAUACUCCUACUGAUGAAGGAGCAAAACCAAGGGCCUUAUAUGGAGUUGAGUUCACCUUUGACUCUGAUGCACGAGUGGCCAUCACUAUCUACUGCCAGGCAUUUGAGGAGUUCUCCAAUGGGAUGGCAUUAUACAGCCCUAGAACCCCUGCAUUAGUCUCUGAAACCAUAUAUUACAAAAGAGGGGUUAGCCAGCAGUUUACCCUGCCCUCCUUCAAGAUGGAUUUCUCUGAAUGGAAGGAAGAAGAUCUCAACUUUGAUUUGGACAGAGGUGUUUUCCCCAUGGUGAUUCAGGCUGUGGUGGAUGAAGGAGAUGAUUGUUUGGGACAUGCACAUGUACUGUUGGCAGCAUUUGAAAAACAUGUUGAUGGCAGUUUCUCAGUCAAACCUUUGAAGCAGAAACAAAUUGUGGACCGUGUCAGUUACUUGUUACAAGAGAUUUAUGGAAUUGAGAACAAAAACAACCAAGAGACAAAGCCAUCUGAUGAUGAGAACAGUGACAACAGCAACGAGUGUGUGGUGUGUCUGUCAGAUCUGCGGGACACUCUAAUUUUGCCCUGUAGGCACUUGUGCCUGUGUAACUCCUGCGCUGAUACUCUGCGCUACCAGGCCAACAACUGCCCGAUCUGCCGACUGCCGUUUCGAGCUCUUCUUCAGAUUCGAGCUGUAAGAAAGAAGCCUGGAGCACUUUCUCCUGUUUCCUUCAGCCCAGUGCUGGCUCAAAACAUGGAUCAUGAUGAGCACUCAAGCUCAGACUCAGUUCCCCCUGGCUUUGAGCCCAUCUCGCUGCUGGAGGCUUUGAAUGGUCUUGGUGCUGUGUCCCCUGGCCUUCCAUCUGCUCCUCUGUAUGACGAGAUCAACUUCUCUGGAAGCUUGAGUGGAGAGAGCAGGCAGCUCAGCUCACCUGACCACUCUGGAGACAGUUGUGGACAGAAGAGCAAAGUCAGCAAGUCACCCGACAGCACUCUACGCUCUCCAUCAUCACCCAUUCAGGAGGAGGAUGAAGAAAAACUGUCUGAGAUGUCUGAUGCACAAGCUCACAUGCUGCUGUCCAGCAGUCCUGCCCCCACUGAGGGUACGGCUGGAGAGGACGCCCCUGAUUCACUGUCUCCUGAAGAUGAGGAUGGACUGAAUUUGGAGGAAGAGGUGAUGAAUGACUGCAGCAGUGAGCACAGCAGCUUUACCAAGACUGAAAGUGACCCCCCUGGAGACCUGUCCCUCCCCGCUGUAGGUCCUGAUUCCUGCUCUAUUGGUUUGGAAGAGUAAUGGGAUUAUCUGGCUCAACGGAGAGUCUGGACACUCAGAGUACCUGCUGCUCCAGCCAGCCACUCCUGGGUCCCUCAAGUCAUUUGCACAUGGAUGAUGAUGAUGAACUGGAUGUUUAACCCUGUCCAUCUCCUUCUUUGUACAGCCGGACAUGUCUCCACAUUGCAGUUUGAUGCACUCCCAUUCCAAUAUCCCACUUUGAACGUGAUUGACUCUUGUUCCAGGCCUUUUGUUUUAAACAUUAACUGGCUGAGGCCAAUGAGCUUGUUCUGGAGGUGUGUCAUAUUUAUUGUGCUUGGUGUUUGGGGCUCAACAGUUGCUUACUUCACCCAAAAUGACCACCCUUACCCAAACUCUGCUUUAUUAUCUUUCUUCCAUGAAUCACUAAAGAAGUUGGGCAGAAUGUCCAGUCUGCUCUUUUACAUUCCAUAAAGUGGAAGUUGAUUUUAAAGUCCUUGGUUAGCUCAGAAAACCAGUGAAAUAAAAUUAUUAG